CGAUCAAUUCAUCAGUCGAAUUCGAUCCGUCUCGCGAACGUUAUAGUGUACGACGUGUGUGAUUUUCAGCGAAGAGAUCAUCGUGAUUCUCUUGCGAGUUAUCAUACAAAUUUACAUUUAUUAAACCGAAUUUUAUACUUUUAUUAAUUCUACUUAAUUUUAUCUCCGUUCGGUGAGAUUUAUGAGACUGACGCAUAUAAUCCCACAUCAAACAUUUAUCGUAAUUAAAUUGGUCAGUUGAAACCCGCAUCAUUAUUGCAUUUCAUGGACAAUCCAUUAUUUACUAUGAACCAUGUGUGACAUCGUGAAUACAUCAGACGAACAGGUUUUCCGAAGAAUACAUAACGCAAUGAAUGCUGUUGCCGCUAUUUGCCUUCAUCUGUGAAAGAUUUAUCCCUCAGUGAAUUGUAUUUUUUAUAAAUUUUUUACUUUAAUUAAACGCAUUAACAACAAGCGAACGAACGACGUAAUAUUGCCAUUUUGUACGGUGUUCAGUUAAAUCGAUUAAGCAAGACGCCGCAAUCUUUGUUUGGGAAUAAUAAAAACAGUGACAUGUUCAAAUGGCGUGGUAAUAUUGACAGUUUUUCGUGAUUAGACAGUGGAAAUAAACAGAGGCGAACAAAUAUGCUUAGCUACGAACUUCAAUUUAAUUCAUAAUCAUAAUUUAACGAAAGUGACCGGUUUGAUGAUACGCUGUAGCAAGAAUGAUUUUUGCACGUCUCAUCGAAUUUUUUGCAAUGUACAAAUUGUCUAGAUAUAGACUUGUGCGUGAAGGAUCAGUGGAAGACGCAAAAGCUGAUCCAGGUCAGGCUGAUCCAGGUCCAGCAGAUUUCGAACGGGCAAUAAUAGCAGCAGGAUAUGGAAAGUUUAACUAUCUGCUACUGCUGGCGAUACUGCCGGCCAGUUUCUCCAGUGUCUUUUCGUCAUCGACAAUGUCCUACGUGUUACCAUCUGCUGAAUGUGACCUCCGGCUGACGAUGUUCGACAAAGGACUGCUGAACUCGAUGGCGUUCGCAGGAAUGAUCAGCACGGCAUUUUUCUGGGGUUUCAUGGCCGACACGUUCGGUCGUAAGAAAAUAAUGUUCUACGGUUACUUGGUUACUGGUUUACUAAGUGUGGCAACAUGUUUUUCGCACACUUCUUGGCUUUUAAUUAUAUUUAAGUUUUUCGACGGCGUAAUCAUAUCUGGCCCAUAUGCAGCGCUUAUGUCGUACUUGGCAGAGAUACACGAUACAGUGCAUCGAUCGCGGUCGUAUAUGUGGCUUGGCGUGUUCUUCUCACUUGGAAACAUUUGCCUGCCAUGCGUAGCAUGGCUGGUAAUACCUCAAAAAUGGGACGUCACAUUUUUUAACAGAACGAUGGAAAUAAAUUCGUGGAGGGUGUUUUUAGCGAUUUGUUCUAUACCUGAGUUUCUCGCGUGCGUCGCCCUUUUCGCUUUUCCAGAGAGUCCGCGCUUUCUCAUCUUGAAAGGCCGACAUGACGAGGCGUUGAACGUCUUCAAGAAGAUCUACUCGCUCAAUACUGGAAAAGAUCCUGACACAUAUCCGAUAAAGAGUCUGAAGGAUGAAUAUACUGUCAAAUCUUCCGCGGGGAAUUUGCAAAGUGAAGCGCACAACUGCUGGAAGAAAGUAAAGCCUCUUUUCCUGCCACCUAAUAUCUUCAGAUUGCUACUCAUAUCGAUGAUACAGCUCGGAGCGACGAUAGGGUCGAAUUCGCUCCGACUUUGGAUGCCGCAGUUGUUCGCGAUGAUCGAGAGUUACAAGAGCACACUGAUGAAGAACGAUAAGCGCGUAUUGGGCUUUCAGCCUUCAUUCUGUUACAUGCUAGGCCAAGAAAAGGCAUAUCUUAAUGCCACUCGGUACAUCAAUGAAACGCUGAGCAAUGCGACGGCUGUGUGCGUUCCAGCUGAGCUGAACUCCAGAGUGUUUAUCAAUUCCAUCGUCAUCGCUAUGACAGGCAUUAUUGGUUAUAUUCUGGCUGGUACUUUAAUUACUAUUAUUGGAAAAAAGAAACUGAUGGCAAUUUGUUUCCUCAUUGCUGCUGCCUGUUGCGGUUCACUUUAUUGGGCCGAAGAUACCAAUGGCAUUCUCGGAUUGUCUUCAGUAUUUGUCGCCAUGUCGAGUAUUGGUGGUGCGGCUGUUAUUAAUGUUAUCGUUGAUAAUUUUCCUACAUGUCUAAGAACUGUAGCAGUCAGUAUAACAAUGAUGAUGGGAAGAAUCGGCGCAGUAAUAGGCAAUUUAUUAUUCCCCAUUUUAUUCGAUCUGUCGUGUUUAGGCCCCUUCGUUAUGAUCGGCACGGCUUGCUUAACUUCUGCAUUGAUGGUCGCUAUGCUACCUCGGAAAAAGACGCAGGACGAAAAAUGGGAGGAUGUUGUUUGAUCUUUUUAUAAAUAUGUUCAGCUUCAAUAUGUCCUGAUAUUUUACUCUUCGUAGAAGAAGUAAUGUGUAAAUACGUUUCCGCUUUUAUAAUUUUAAUUGCGAUGAGGAAUCAUUAUCGUUUUCCACCGGUGCAAUUUUUCAUUGUGUAAAUAUAUACAUUUAUAUAAUAGAUAAGACUUACUUAUCGUUCUCACUUAUCAUUUCAUAUUUAAUAAGUGAAUUGUACAAUGUAUAUACGUGUUUUAGAAAAAGCAUAUUUCGAACUCGCAUUACUAAGUAAAAAUUAAAUAAGCGUGAGCAGGAAUGCAUUUCAUUUUUGUAAUAUUUGUCGUAAUAAUUUGUUUA